AAAUACAUCCUACUCUCGAUACAUCUAUGUCAUCGUUUCUUCGUGGGCUUACUUGGGCACUUACAGCUCUCGCUGUGUUGUUGAACGUAUUCAUUUACUUCUAUCCGCAUUUUAAUGAGGCCAGUCAAUGUCAAUGGUACACAAACGACGAAUCUUCACAAUCAAAGAAACUGGUUCUCUCAUCCAUAGCAGAGGAGAUCACCGCUAAGGUGUCUUCAAAGUCUGAAUCCCCUGAGUUUAGAAAGUCUGUUUUUGAUGCAUCUGGUAAAAUUCAAGACAUUAGAAUGCUCACGUUUGGAGACCCACAAAUCAAUGGUAAUUGGCCGCUGACCAAAUAUAUCAAGAGAUUAGAUAAUUAUGGCAAUGAUUAUUAUCUAGGACAUAUAUACUCUAUCAUGAAGUCCCGUAUGCAACCAACUCAUGUGGCUGUUAUGGGGGAUCUUUUUUCUUCACAAUGGAUUUAUGAUUCAGAAUUCUAUAACAGAACAUAUAGAUAUGUCACCAGAUUAUUCCCAAGACCGGAAUCAUACAAGCAAACUGUAUUGGACACAUAUAAAAAGCAUGAGAACUACGACUGGCAAGCCUGGAUGGGUCAAGAAGAGGCAAUGGACCCAGUACAUCGGUUUGAAUCCCGUGUCUAUAACGACGUUUAUGAUUGGACAUUACAAAAUGUCUCGUACCCAUUACCAUCUGGCCCAGACGUUCGUGAACCUCUUUUCAUCAAUCUUACCGGUAACCAUGAUAUUGGGUAUUCUGGUGAUGCAACUUGGCAACAUAUGGCAAGAUUCCAUCUUCUUUUCGGUCAAAACAAUUAUGUUAUCAAUUACAAUAAGGGUACUCCAUAUGAAUGGAGAUUGGUUGUGUUAGACUCUCUCACAUUGGAAGGUCCUGCCCUUCAAGAAGAAUUUGUUGACUAUACCUGGUCAUUCCUUGAAAAUCUUAAGGAAAGAGAAAACCCUCUGUUCAAGGGAUCAACUGUACUUCUUACUCAUAUUCCAUUCUAUAAACCAGAAGGGUUCUGUACCGAUGGACCACAACAUAUCUAUUACGAAAAUAAUGAACGUGAACCAUACAAGAAUGGUAAACUUAGAUCUCAAAACCAUUUAGCUCGCGAUGUUUCGCAAAAGGUAAUUGAUAUUGUUUUCCCCAAUGCAGACAAGGAAGGGAUUGUUUUGAAUGGACAUGAUCAUGAAGGUUGUGACAACUACUACCAAAAGAGCACUGAGAAUGGGUUAUGGGAGGCCACAAAGGAGAUUUCCAAAGAUGUAACCACCAAACCAAUCAGAGAAAUCGUGGUUAGAUCAAUGAUGGGUGAUUUCAAUGGGAACACAGGGAUCAUGACUGGUGUUUUCAAUGAAACUGAAAAGACUUGGGAGUUCCAUUUUGCAUUAUGUCCAUUUGUUGUUCAACACUGGUGGUGGGUUACAAAGAUUAUCACCGGUUUGACGGUAAUUCUUCAAUCAUAUUGUUAUUUGAAAAGAUAAUUACGUACCAAAUAGUAUAUAGAACUAGUUCUAGCUUAGCAAAAUACCUCAUUUAUGUAACCAUACAUUAUGGUCUUACAAUAUAUUUCAUUUACAUUUGUACAUUGAACUAAAGGAUGAUUACUUUUUAUGUUUUGAUUCUUAAUAUUAAA